GUUAAUUUCAUACAUAAACCAAGAAAUAAUUCGUUUGGAACAGAUAUUACCGCGGGGGUUCUUAAUCUGCAAAAAGGAGUGUUUAAUGUGGUGUGCCAAAUAGCAAUGACCGCUUUGUGUCUGGUCAUAAAGGAGGAAGAAUCGGUGUAGAAAGGUCGACUACCGGGGAAGAAAUCCAAAUGCUUUUUUCUUUUAGUAUAAUCUGAGGAAUACCUACGAAAUGUCUACAAGUGCCGGUUCGAGCAGCACUGGUAACGGUGGCGGUGGAAGUGGUGGCAGCAGCAGCAAUAGUGAUGGAAACAACAGUGCUGGUGGGCGUCGUAAUGGGAAUGGCAGCGGAGCAGCUACUGGGUCCGAAACCACGGUGCCGAAGCCUGAAACAAAGGAAUCAAAAUCCAACCCAAAAAUAUCGAAAGCCCUAGGAACUUCGGCUAAGCGAAUCCAAAAAGAGCUGGCAGAAAUUACCCUUGACCCUCCACCAAAUUGCAGCGCUGGACCAAAGGGUGAUAACCUUUACGAAUGGGUUUCAACUAUUCUCGGUCCUCCCGGUUCCGUGUAUGAAGGGGGUGUAUUCUUUUUGGAUAUACAUUUUUCACCCGAAUAUCCGUUCAAACCACCGAAGGUAACCUUCCGGACCAGGAUAUAUCAUUGCAACAUUAACAGUCAAGGAGUGAUCUGUUUGGAUAUAUUGAAAGACAAUUGGUCACCUGCAUUGACUAUAUCGAAAGUUUUACUAUCCAUUUGCUCCCUCCUAACAGACUGUAAUCCAGCUGAUCCACUUGUGGGAAGUAUUGCAACUCAAUAUUUGCAAAACAGAGAAGAGCACGACAGAAUCGCUCGCUUGUGGACAAAGCGAUACGCUACGUGAUUUCAUUUCGGAUUUGUGUGUAGGUUUUAUGCGCAAUUGAUACUAAUUUAUGAAUCUAUCCGUAACGACAAAAUCAACUCUACAAUGUACUUCGCAAAGCAAACACACACAUAAUAGGCUGACUCAUUAAUCAACAAUAAAAAUUGACGGUGCAUUGGCGGUUUGCAGUGCAAUGAGAUUAUUGGCUGCGUUCGGUAAGAAAUGAAUGAUGUUCUCAAACUCCCCCAACGCUAUCACUGCUGAAUUUUGAUGAUUCCACGACGUCGUCACAACGCAUCAGUGGAAUUAAAUAAGAUCGUGCAAAUACAUUUAACUUACAACCCGGUUUGGCAAGCAUCCUAUAAAUUCAAAAGUAUUUUCAACAAAAUUACAUUCAUUUCAACCACUUCUUUUAACAACUUAGUUUUUGCAUUAUUGAACAAGUUUUCAGCAAAUUAGUUUUCUAUCAGCUUUGGACAAAAUUCAGCAUGAGUGAAAUUACAGCUCUUCUGCAUUCAAUCAAAAUGAACCGAAAUUGAACAUCAUGACUUAAAAUGCUAAAUUUUAUUUGCGAAAGUAGUAAAACAAGAUUAAAAGAACACCGGUCAAUAGCUACGAUUCCUAAUUAAAGUAAGUAAAGCUGCUGAUAACUAGCAAAUAAUUAACGAAAGGAUCCUCCCCCUCCCUUCCCCCCCCCCUCACCCUCUAUGUCAGUACAGAGAAAUAAAAAAUGCUCAUGAGGAAUGAAUACAAAAACAUAGAUUCCGUUUUGUUCUUUCCAUGAGUAUAGGGACAUCUCAAACAUAUUCUACGCAAUAAAGUAUAAUCAGUACAGGUGUUUGCCAUCAUAAAAUCAAUUUAUACUUAUGAGUUUUGUAUGAGUAUUCUUCAGUGGAAGAGACCAGCUUUCUGAAACUAUUUCAUUCGUUUAUAUUAAGAUAGUCGUUAGGGAUACCAUAGAAUGAAGUAAACUAAACGCAGACGCAGUUUAGAACCUACCUUUAAAUAAGAGAGCAAACAUGCUUCCGAAAAUAAGCAUAAGGCAGGGAACCCCAAUAUAAUCCUAGCAAUGAUUUAGUACGUUAUGACUGAGAUGAAGUAGCGGACUCGAUCUCAUUAGAAGAUCAAUUAAAGAAUUCUAAAUAUAUUCUUUCUGGUAUGUCGAUAA